GAGAGAAGAGAGGAGCCAUGAUGUUCAUUGUUCACAAAAUGGCUAUGGCUUCUUUCAUCUCUUCUUCUCUCUUCCUCUCCAAACCCACUUCACCAUCCUCACUCUUUCUUCACUUGCCUUUAAAACGAUUCGUUUCACUCCCAACCCAACUCAGGCAGAGAUAUGGGUUGGUCUCUGCCACUUCAGCUUCUGCAGUGGACACUCCCGCACUUACUCAAAACGACAACGUUGAGCUCACCCAGAACCAAGUUGAGUCUGAAAAAGUCGUCCUUCCCACUAAUGAGUCCUCUCAGCUCCUCUUGAGAAUUCGUCACACGUGUGCACAUGUGAUGGCUAUGGCUGUUCAAAAGCUCUAUCCAGAAGCAAAAGUGACCAUAGGACCGUGGAUAGAGAAUGGGUUCUAUUAUGAUUUUGAUAUGGAGCCUUUGACUGAUAAAGACCUGAAGAGGAUUAAGAAAGAGAUGGAUCGCAUCAUUGGUCGAAACUUACCGCUUGUAAGAGAAGAAAUUACCCGUGAUGAAGCUCAAAGAAGGAUAUUGGCUAUUAAUGAACCGUACAAGAUGGAAAUUUUGGAGAGUAUCAAAGAGGAUCCUAUCACUAUCUACCAUAUUGGUGAUGAAUGGUGGGACCUUUGUGCCGGCCCUCAUGUUGAAACUACUGGUCAAAUUAACAAGAAAGCUGUUGAACUUGAGUCUGUUGCGGGAGCAUACUGGAGAGGAGAUGAAAAGAAACCAAUGCUCCAGAGGAUAUAUGGAACAGCUUGGGAGAGUGAAGAACAAUUGAAAGCAUACCUUCACUUUAAAGAGGAAGCUAAACGCCGUGAUCAUAGACUCAUUGGCCAAGAUCUUGAUCUGUUCUCUGUACAGGAUGAAGCUGGUGGAGGUUUAGUUUUUUGGCAUCCAAAGGGUUCCAUCGUUCGACACAUCAUAGAAGAUUUUUGGAAGAAAACACAUAUAGAACAUGGUUAUGAUCUGCUCUAUACUCCCCAUGUGGCAAAGGCAGACCUGUGGAAGAUUAGUGGUCAUCUAGACUUCUACAGAGAGAAUAUGUAUGAUCAGAUGAACAUUGAAGAUGAACUUUAUCAACUUCGACCAAUGAAUUGUCCCUAUCAUAUUUUGGUUUACCAGAGAAAGCUUCAGUCCUACCGUAAUUUUCCAAUCAGGGUUGCUGAGCUGGGAACAGUAUAUAGAUAUGAGUUGUCUGGGAGCUUACAUGGCCUUUUCCGUGUUAGAGGUUUCACCCAGGAUGAUGCACAUAUAUUUUGUUUAGAAGAUCAAAUUAAGGAUGAAAUUAGGGGUGUUUUAGAUCUUACAGAAGAGAUAUUGCUGCGAUUUGGUUUCAACAAGUAUGAAGUGAAUCUUUCAACUAGACCUGAGAAUGCUGUGGGGGGUGAUGAUAUUUGGGAAAAGGCAACAACUGCCCUCAGAGAUGCUUUGGAUGAUAAGGGGUGGAGUUACCAAAUUGAUGGUGGUGGUGGUGCCUUUUACGGUCCAAAGAUUGAUCUUAAAAUUGAGGAUGCUCUUGGAAGGAAAUGGCAAUGCUCAACCAUACAGGUUGACUUUAAUUUACCAGAGCGUUUUGACAUUACUUAUGUUGACUCGUACUCUGAAAAGAAGCGUCCCAUCAUGAUCCACAGAGCAGUGCUUGGAUCCUUGGAGCGUUUUUUUGGAGUUCUCAUAGAGCAUUAUGCUGGGGAUUUUCCGUUGUGGCUUUCUCCAAUCCAAGCUCGAGUUUUACCUGUUACAGAUACACAGGUUGAAUACUGCAAUGAGGUGACCAGAAAACUGAAAAGUAAUGGUAUUCGAGCUGAAAUUUUCCAUGGUGAGCGCCUGCCUAAGCUCAUUAGAAAUGCAGAGAAGCAGAAAAUCCCAUUGAUGGCCGUUGUGGGACCCAAGGAAGUCGAUACCCAAACUAUUACAGUUAGAUCUCGGUUUGGUGGGGAGCUUGGGACAAUGAAAAUUGAUGAUUUUAUCAGCAGAAUCAAGUAUGCCAUAGAAAACAGAACUUCAGUGUAAAACUCCUGGUCUUGGAAUUCAACGUGCUAUUGGUUUUCUAUGAGGAUUUGAAUUCAUAAAAUUUACGACAGGCGGAAAAUUUUUGGAUUUGUAAAUGUUUGUACUUGAGCACUUGUAUUUCUUCAGAUAAUGUCCAUCUUAGAAACAUCA